AUGUAUAAUCAUAUGGUUGUUAGAGAACUGUUGAAGCUAAGGAAAUCUGAUGAUAUCGUAUAUCUUACUGCAAGAAACUCAGAAUUAGGAAAAGUUGCUGUCAAACAGCUUAAAGAAGAAGGAUUAGAGCCUGCAUUUUUCAAACUGGACAUCACCUCUCAGAAUGAUAUUGAUACAUUUGCUUCACACGUGAAAACCUACCAUGCAGGUCUAGAUGUUCUAAUAAACAAUGCUGGAAUUGCAUUCAAAAACUCAUCAACAGAACCAUUCCCACUUCAGGCAAAGGUAACUAUUGAUACAAACUACUUCGGAACAUUAAACGUCUGUGAAGCCUUGUUCCCAUUGUUGAGAAAAGGUAGCCGGGUAGUGAACGUAUCCAGCUCAUGCGGUCAUCUUUCUAAAAUAAACGGUGAAGAACCCCAGGCCUCUAAACUUAGAAAUGAACUAAGUAAACCAGAUUUAACAGUGGACCAAUUGAACCAGCUCAUGGCCUCAUUCGUUAAGUUGGCUGAAGAUGGAGAGCAUAUUAAGAAUGGAUGGCCUAACGGAGCAUAUAAGGUUUCUAAAGUUGGUGUCAGUGCAUUGAGUAUUAUUCAACAAUGAGAACUUAGCAAGGAGAGACAUGGUGAUGAUAUUGUUGUUAAUCAUGUUCAUCCAGGAUACGUAGAUACAGACAUGACCAGUCAUAAAGGACACUGGAGUGUAGAGGAAGGAAGUAAAUCUAUUGUAUAUGCAGCAACCCUGCCUUCCAAUACAGAUGUGCGUGGAAAGUAUAUUUGGGAGGAUUGUACUGUAACAUCUUAGGUUCAGGCGGAAGUUAACCUCUUCUACUAAUGUACAGUCUGUUCAUUACAGUACUUUAGUUCCCUAACCUUGUACUGUACUGUACUACACGGCUGGAUGAUAAAGAAGGCGGUCAGAGAAAAUAAACUUCUUCUCAUGUAGUGUACUUUCGCAUGGUACUGCACCAUGUACAGACUUUACUGUUUGCAUUUCGCAAAGAUUCCGGCGUAUAAAUAAAG